GGAGGAAGGAGCGCCGCCUUCUUCCUCUUCUUCUUUUUCUUCCUGCUUUCCUUCCUUGCCUGCCUGUCGGGGUGAGGGAGUGAGUGAGUGAGGUGGGGCGCAGCCAUGGCGAAGCACACCGUCUCCUCCGCGCGCUUCCGACGGGUGGACGUGGACGAGUACGACGAGAACAAGUUCGUGGACGAGGAGGACGGCGGCGACGGGCAGGUGGGCCCCGACGAGGGCGAGGUGGACUCCUGCCUCAGGCAAGGUAAUAUGACAGCUGCAUUACAAGCAGCUCUGAAGAACCCACCCAUCAACACCAAGAGUCAAUCUGUAAAGGAUCGUGCAGAAAGUAUUGUCCUGAAGGUCCUCAUCUCUUUUAAAGCCAGUGAUAUUGAAAAGGCAGUACAGUCUUUGGAUAAGAAUGGAGUUGAUCUUUUAAUGAAAUACAUCUACAAAGGAUUUGAAAGUCCAUCUGAUAACAGCAGUGCUGUCUUGCUGCAGUGGCACGAAAAGGCUCUUGCGGCUGGAGGUGUAGGUUCCAUUGUCCGUGUCUUAACUGCCAGGAAAACAGUUUAAGUCCAGCCAAAAGUGCCCUUCUGCCGUGGGUGUAGGAAGUGCUGGUACAAAGACCAAAACAACCAAAUGCCAUCACUGCCCUGUGGGUAGUCUGUAUGUGUGUCUCUCUGUCUCGGCUUGCCUUCUUGCUUUUUCAUAUCUGUGGCAUAAUACGCAUAUCAGACUUUUUUUUUUCUUGCUAAAUGUUGAAUAAUGAUAGAAGUGCAAUUUUAUUUUUUCAAAAUAAUAUUUGAUAAAGAGCAUUUCACUGACACUUGUGUAAGUGUUUGCAUAGGAUGAUUUGCCAUUAAUUUAUCCAAAACCUACAUACAGUCUUCUGUUUUUAUUAUCUUUUGGUUUUGGGUGGGGUCUUUGACCAAUACCUCUCAGAUGGAAUGAGGUCAAUGUUUGAAAUUCCUUGGCCAGUCAUUCCGUGUAAUAUGUAUUGAGACUAGGGCAGCUUAUGAGUACCAGAAACUGGAGCUUGCAUUUUACAGUCAAAUUCUGAAACAUGCCGCAGUUAACGAGUGUCUGUUGAAAGUCAAACUGCUGUGGUAACGUUUUUCAUAAUUACCUCACCCAGUGUUUCUUUGCAAUUUGUAUUACAUAAUAAGACCAGAAUAUUUUUUUUUCCAAUUCACCAUAGUAAUUUAAAAAUCUAGGACAUACACAAAAUGGUGUUAGGGCAGAUACAGGGUUGCUGUCAAUAAUCACAUCCCUGUGUCAAAUCCUCCUUUUUUUAACUUGUAGGAAUUCUUGGCCUAUGUCCUGGUGUCAUGUGGUUCUCCACUAAUAUUACAUUUUUUUUCUGCUGGUAUUGAAAUGUUAUGUAAUAUUACAUGUAAAAGACGGUUCUUCCCAUUGAAUGAAAGAGAUGCAAGCAAUUUUAACACCGGUGGGUGGGUGGAUAGCACUGUUUCAGAUACAAUGUGUAAUUAUGCGGAAAUCACUUUAUCGGUGUUCAGAAUGUAGGACCUAGAAAAUCUUGAUCUGUGCUCCUGAUUUGGUUGUAUUUCAUGUUGUAUUGAGAGAAGAAAAGUAUUGACCAACAGGAGAAAAGUGCUUAUAAAUUUUUAAAAAAUGAAUUUCUUUGUGCAUUCCAGACCUGGGAACAGCUUGAAAGUGCAUGACUUAGGAGCAAACGUGUGUGUUUCAUUUAUACUCACAAAUCUAGUAAGGAAUUAUGAAAACUUUGCUCAUUUUUUAUAACUGCCUUUUGUAAAAUGAGAAAUCAAAAAAAUAAAAGGUUCACUGCUAAAUAUUUA